CGGGGCUCGGAGUCGGCCCGGGAGUCAGUCGGCAGCGGCCGCGUCCCGCGGCGGCGCAAGGGCUAGCAGCAUGGGCAUUUGUCAUUUCCUGAGAAAACUUUGGAAUUAAAUGACUUGUUCCACUGCCAACGUCCCAAGUUAUCCUUAACCAGACAGUGAAAUCUGUAUCUGUGCAGCUGGGGCAGACCUUUUCUAAUGCAAUGGGAACUAUGCCGUGAGGACUGGUAAGACUUGGCCAUAGCCAUGACAGAGCCCCACAGGGUUUCGUUCACCACUCUUCACGGUCCACUGAGCAGCAGCUUCUUGAAAAGGUCUCGGAAGGAUGAUGGAGAGCAGCCCCAGGACUCUGAACCGGCUGCAACAGCCGUUCGCAUCACACUUACUCUCUUUGAGCCGGAUCACAAACGUUGUCCAGAAUUUUUUUACCCAGAUCUUCUGAAGAGUUGUCGUGGGAAGGUAAAAGGUGGUUCUUCAGGAGACAAGAAGAAAGACCCUGCUGAUCCCUUUAACGAUGAUGAAAAGGAAAGGCAUAAAGUGGAGGCUCUUGCUAGGAAGUUUGAAGAAAAAUAUGGUGGCAAGAGACGUAGAAAGGACCGUAUUCAGGACUUGAUUGAUAUGGGGUAUGGAUACGACGAAUCUGACUCCUUCAUUGAUAAUUCUGAAGCAUAUGAUGAGCUUGUUCCGGCUUCUCUUACUACAAAGUAUGGAGGGUUUUACAUCAACUCAGGAACACUGCAGUUUCGGCAAGCGUCUGAAUCUGAAGAUGACUAUGUUAAAGAGAAAAAGAAGAAGUGUCCCAAGAAGCGGAAGUUGAAAGAUGGAGGUGAAAAAAUGAAGAAGAAGAAGAAAGAUGAUUCUUAUGACAAGGAGAAGAAAUCCAAAAAGUCCAAGUUUCCAAAAGCUGG